AUGGGGCAUCGGAAUAAAUCUCAACCUUCCACCGCCGCUAAGCUCACCUCGGGUCAAGGCCAUAUGGCUUCACGCCAAGAUGAUCUCCUUGUCAAGAUAUCGGAGAUGGAGAAAUCUCUGGCCAAGAUAUCGGAGAUGGAGGAGAAUUCUCCGGGCAAGGUAUCGGAGAUGGAGAAAUCUCUAGGACAACUGUUCGAUUGGACGAAAUCAAUAACGGAGGAGCUUCGCUUACUACGCCCCAUCCCACCCGUAACGACGUCCAUUCCAAUUUCCACGGUGAUUGACGGCAGUCCCAACCAUGAGAACGUUAAUGUUUGCCCAAGCUUGCAUGUGGAUUCGGAGGAUGCAUCAAUGACAAUAAAUCAAGGGGAAGCUAGAUCUGUAUAUUUAUUGGUGUCUUCUUAUGGGUCCGAAUAUGCUAAUGCAAUCUAUGAAGUGAAAUUCAAACACGGAGUAGGAGUCACUCAUGAACCCCCACUAGUUGGACUUGUUGCCAAGUUCCAUGAGGGUUUAUGCUUUCAGGCUGCACGGAAUUUCAACCGUUCCAAAUUAUACUGUCUUGUACAGAAAGGUGGGUAUAUUAUUGACACGAAGACUAAGUCAAUAUGUUCAUCUAUUUCUCCUACCUUAGCCCCUAAAUCAAUAGCAACUGUUGUGUGUGCGUAUGAUAAGAUUUAUUGUGUUGCAAGUCCAUCAGGCUUCCUACCAAUUCCAGAGCCCUCCUUCGAGAGAUAUGAUCCUAAUCAGGAUAUUUGGGAGAAAAUGCCUUCUUUUCCAUUUUAUAAUGAUUAUGAUACCUGUAUGGAUAUAACUGGUUAUGCUGUAUGUUAUGGAGUUAUUUUGUUUUCAUUGUGUGGGAUGAAAGAAAAUAGUUUCGAUGUCGUUGCUUUUCAUGAAAGUAGAAACCGAUGGAAUCGAGUGAAAGUUGACACUUCUAUUCAUCAUGCUCCUUUCGAUGGGAGGGCCGUGGUUGUAGGCAAGACUAUCUAUGCCUUGCACGGGGAGGAGUUCAUAGCAUUCUCCUUUAAUAUGGACAAAGAUGAUGAUUGUGAUAUUACAUAUUCCUUAAGAAAAUUGUUUAUAUUGCGAGGCUUGAAGAUUGCGAGUCCACCAUGGCCAUUUUGUGACUAUCAGACAGAGUAUUUAGUUCAUUUAGGGAACCGUGACUUUUUCCAUGUCAAGACUGGCUAUUGCGAUAUAAGUCUCGGGGUUCAAUAUCUUUGUAUCACCACAUUUCAAAUUGUUGUUGGAAAUAAAGGAAAAGAUAGGAUCAAAACCAUAAAUUCAACUGUUCGUUCUGUGGAGAUCAAGAAGCCUUAUUGGUUUGGGCUUGUUUUCUGCUUUACGCCUGAGUACGGAGAUUAUGAACCCACUCUAGAUGAACUAGAAAGCACUCUGGAUGAGAAUUCUUUUCUGGUGGAGGGGAAACGUAGGACGAUGACAAAGAAAGAAGAAUCCAAGAAGGGAAUAACCACCAAAAAGCUAGAAAUACCGGCCAGGCUGCAUGAAAUAGGCAAUGAUGGGGGAAUUAGCAUCUCAAACUUUCAAAUUGGCACCCCAAAUAUUCAAAUUCAAAAGCCUUGCAUGGCCACCACCUAG